AUGGCUUUAGUUCAGCGUUAUGGCAAACUAGACAUUUUCUUAACAAUGACAUGCAAUCCAAACUGGCAAGAAAUUACAAACGAAUUAAGUCUGCAUGAGGAGAGUCAGAAUCGACCUGAUUUGGUUGCUCGGGUCUUUCAUGCAAAAGUAGAAGAAUUGAAGGAUCAAUUAUUCAAGAGGCAGAUUUUUAGUAAAGUCUCAGCAUAUAUCUACGUUAUCGAGCACCAAAAAAGAGGUCUUCCACAUGCGCAUUUUCUAAUUAUCUUACAUAUGGAUAGGAAAGUCUAUGCGCCUGAAUCUUUUGAUGAGAUCGUAUUAGCAGAGAUACUUGAUAAAAAUACAAACAUGCACUUGCAUAACGUUGUUGUCAAGCAUAUGAUGCAUGGACCAUGUGGAGCCUUGAACCCAUCAAAUGUUUGCAUGAAAAGAAAUGGUUGUUGCAAAAGUAAUUCUCCAAAGAAUUAUGCAUAUGCUACGACCGUUGGAAAUGAUUCCUUCCCAAUAUAUAGACGUAAGAACAAUGGAAUAACUGUCAAAGUCAGAGGCAAAAAUUUAGACAAUUGUUGGGUUGUGCCAUAUAAUCCAUAUUUGCUUGCAACAUUUGACUGUCACAUUAACGUCGAGAUUUGUUCUACAAUACAAGCAGUCAAAUAUCUUUACAAGUACAUUUAUAAAGGGCGUGAUCGUAUUGCUUUCAACCUGGUUUCUGAACAAAACAAUCAACAAGUUGAUGAAAUCCAACAAUUCCAAUCAGCCCGAUAG